AUGAAGAAGGAGUGCUUUAUUAUGCAUCAGAUAGAUACUCUGCCUGUUCGAAACUGUUCCCAAAAUGAAGAAAUACAUUUUGACAAGUGUAACAUGACAGGCUCAGGAUGUGUUGCUCCAAUUGAUAUUCCGGGAGUGAAAAUUCGAAACUUGUUCCAAAUUGGUCAGACAAAAACAAGUGAUGAACCAUGGGAUGUUCAAUACUGUUCUGAUGGACAGCUAUACGACAAAGUUGAGAAAAACUGUCGCGACAUCACGUGCUUUCCAGGAAGGCAUUUGAUUGGUGGAAAUUGCGACCCUUUGUUCACCGUCACCAGGAACAUAAGAUACAACUUAGAGGUCUUCAUUAGAAAUGCUGAUUCAUCAGAACAGUUUAAUGGAACAGAGAAAAUCAUAUUACGAUGGUUGGAAAAUAUUGUUAGAAAUCAUUCCAUUGGCAUAACUAGUAUGGUUAUUCUUAAAUCUGAAAUAUUUUCAAAUUUUCCAUGUUCAUUAGGUCAGUCAAAUCCAAACGUAUUUACAUAUAUCAAAUCAACCACAGAAUAUGCCCUUGAAAUAACGACAAUUGUAUGUACAUGCGUUUCUUUAUUUUGUUUGCUAGUAACUUUUAUUACCUACUGCAUUUUCCCAAUACUAAGAACCUUACCUGGUAAAAAUAAUAUGUGUCUCAUAUUUUCUCUUUUAAUUGCUCAGACAUGUUUGCAAUUCGGAACAAUUUGGACUGAUCAUAUAUUCAUCUGUAAAGCCAUAGGCAUCAUCCUUCAUGUGUUUUGGUUGGCAACAUUCGCCUGUAUGAACGUGUGUUCGUAUCAUAUGUAUUCUGUGUUUACCACUUUCAGACCAACCAGUAGUAUGUCGGAGAAUAAUGGACUCUUCUUAAGAUAUGUUUGUUAUUCAUAUGGAACACCUUUCGUUAUAGUUAUCAUUAAUAUAGCCAUUCAAAUUGUGCUGUCAGGUGGAGCAAACAUUGGUUAUGGUGGGUCGAACUGUUUUAUAUCAGAUAUUCCCCAAAUCGCUGCGUUCAUUUGUCCGGUAGGGGUCAUCUGUCUGGUAAAUAUUUGGUUAUUUGGGUUCACAGCUUACACGAUAUACACAAGACCAAUCAUUCGGAGCACCGCAAACGAUAAACAAGAUUUUUAUGUGUAUAUUAAGCUUUUCUCGCUAACCGGAAUCACGUGGAUUGGGCAAAUAGUAGACUCAUUUAUUCCAUUGUCAGUGUUUUCGUUUGUUGUGACCAUACUUACAGGUUUGCAAGGGUUAUUCAUUUUUCUAAGUUUUGUUUGUAACAAACGAGUAUACAAUUUGUUUUUGGGCAUGUGCAAAUAUAAUCAUAGCGAAAGUGUUCGAGAAAGUAUCAGAUUGUAUUCACUAUCUGAAGUUAAUUACCAUGAUAAGUAUAUCAAACGCUACCCUAUUACAAAGCCAUCAAAGAUCUCUUAA